AUGCUUAGAGGCCUGACGUACCUUGAUCAUGGCGGCACCACUCUUGCGUCAAGAUCAUUGAUGCAGUCCUUCUGCAGUGAGAUGCAGUCUACGCUUCUUGCAAAUCCACAUUCAGAUGCCUCUAAUCCCAGCAAUACUGCCAUAAUGGUAGAGGAGACGAGGCGUGAGGUGUUGAGGAUGUUCAACGCCGAUCCAGCUCAUUUCGAUGUUGUAUUCACAGCGAAUGCAACUGCAGCCAUUAAACUGGUCGCGGAAGGUUUCUCUGGAUGUAGAGAGAGCUUUGGCUACUUCUAUCAUCGCAACAGUCAUACGAGUUUAGUUGGCGUCCGCGAACUAGCUUUUCAUAGCCACUGCUUUGCCUCCAAUGAAGAGGUAUCUGACUGGCUCUCCGGCACGUGUGAUAGCCUUCGUGACCCACAACGGCCGGUAUUAUUUGCCUAUCCAGCACAAUCAAACAUGAACGGUGAACGGCUUCCAUUAGAAUGGGCAGGAAAAUUACGCUCCUCGGCCAAUCACCAGAAAGCGUAUACACUGCUUGAUGUUGCUGCUUUGGUAUCAACUACCCCUUUGGAUUUGAGCAACCAUUUCCUUGCCCCUGAUUUUGUUACACUUUCUUUCUAUAAGAUCUUUGGUUUCCCAGACCUUGGGGCUUUGAUUGUUCGUAAAGCUGCUGGCCAUGUCUUCGACAACCGAAGGUAUUUUGGAGGCGGAACGACGGAGAUGACGACAUGCUUUGGUGAUGCCUGGGUAGCCUUAAAGGAUUCAAGCUUGCAUGCCCGGUUGGAGGACGGGACCAUCGCAUUUCGAAGCAUACUUGCUUUAAACUUGGCUAUUACAACACACCAAGAUCUAUUCGGUGGGCUUGAACAAGUAUCCAAACACACGGGCUGGCUGGCCAAUCGACUUUAUCAGCGUCUCGUCAACUCCAGACACUCGAACAAUUCGCCAAUGUACCGGAUAUACAAAUCGGAAGAUUCGAGCUAUGACGAUCCACAAACGCAAGGCGCAACCAUAGCUUUCAACGUUUAUAGGAGUGAUGGAUCGUACGUAGGUCCGUGGCAUGUCGGCUCCUUCCUUCGGAAGCAUGCUAUCCAUGUUCGUACGGGCACUUUGUGUAAUCCCGCUGGAAUAUCGUGUGCAUUAAAGCUAAAUUCUGAGUGGUUGCGUAUGGCCUUUGAGAGGGGAUAUCGGUGCAAUACGGAGCUCGACAUCGUUGAAGGGAUACCUGUUGGUGUGGUAAGGAUUACAUUUGGCGCAACGAAUACCAUUGAGGAUGUUGAGAAGCUCGUUAGCACUCUUUCCCAACAUAUCCUUCAGGAGGAAGACCAUCUCCAGACUGUGGAAAGAAAACGUAUAGGGAAGAAGGACUCCGUCAUGGGAUAUACGGAAAGCAAACUGGUAGUGGAAGACUUCGAGGCUAAGCCUAGUAAAGACGUUUCGCCUAGAGUUAGGAGUCGAUUCUAUAGCCUGAGGAGGCUAUUGGGACAUUGUCGCGAGAAAAUGUUGUAA